AUGAUAUUAUUAGCUAGUUCGCAUUCCAUAAUAAAGAAAGAAACAGAAACAAAUAAUUUCGACAGAACUUUUCCCUUGAUCAUAAACUGCUUCAAACUAGUUGACUACAUUUUCAAAAUAAGAAAUACUGAGAAAUCGAAGAAACUUAUGACAAACUUCCAACUCUCCCGCCUCCUUGUCAAAGUAUCCUCGAACCCCUUCGGGAAUGGGCAUCUCUUGAAGAUAUUCGUGACACUUAUUCUUACGCUUUCCACCAAUGGAGAAUCGUCCCUGAAAAAAGUGCCCUUCGUUGAAAACAUGGUUUGAGUAGAACUCCGCCUCCGCGUGAAAUUUAGUCAACCAAAGGCGGUACUUCUGCUUUCUGUUAUCAAGCUGUCUGCUUUCCACCAUUGCCACCUCAGUGACCCUUUGACGUACAUCUCCAUCUAUAGUCGCAUCAAGUGGUUUGACUGCUACAGUGAGCGAUCCCUGCGUGCAAGCGGAAGUAGCGUUCCUUGAUUCCUCAAGAAAUGCUUCCCUGCUUUCAUUGGCAGUGUACUGAGUAGCCAUGAAUCGAGAUACAGCAGCGUUUGGUCGUUGAACGAAAGCCGUUGGUCGGUUGUGAUUUGGCAGUACCCUCCUGCCCCCCGUGACUUCCUUACGUCGAUGAGCCAAGUUCUGAAAAAAAAACUUAAUAAGAGCUUCUGCAGCCUAAAUCAACUAAGAACCAUCAUGACAAUUUUCGAAACAAGUUGUUUAACUAACACAUGCCAUCUACAAGAGAGAUGUUGA